GCAGGUGCCAUGCUAUCCCUCUCGUUCAUCGCUGUCCCCGUCCUCCUCGACACAACUACUCACCCCCCGCAACUUUUCCACAAGUGGAGCCGACUGUAUCACUAUGGUCACGUCGUGCUCCCCUUCACUGCCAUCCUAACCGGCCUGCUGUACAUCUACGCAGCGGUUUGCCACCACCAAAGGUCCAGCCGACGGUGGGGCGCGCUAGCCCUCGCCGGGGUGCUGACGGUGGCUAUAGCUCCCUUUACUUGGCUGGUUAUGGCGCCCAGCAAUCAUGAGCUGUUUCGAUUGCAGGCUGUCACUAGUCAGAUGGAACUGGCAGGUAUAGCAAUUGGCCCUGCGCAGGCCUUAAUCGGUCACUGGCGGAAUCUGCAUAUGGUGCGGUCUUUGUUACCCUUGCUGGGGGCGAUAAUUGGGGCCAUCGCAAUGAUGGGGUCAUAG